AUGGCAAAGAAUACAGACGAUAAAAAGAGAAAGGCACAAGAAGUAGAGGCUGAGGAUGAUCAAGACUACUAUGAAGAUGAAGAGGAAUACAACGAAGAGGAAGGACAAGAAGGAGAGGAAGAAGAGUACAAUGAAGAAGAUGCUGAUGAAAUGAAAACAAAGGCAGAGAAACGUGAAGAAAAGAUGACCAAAAAGUCCAAGUUUGACAACAAUGCUCAAAUGGUCUACGAUGCCAAGGUUCUUUGGGAAAAGUUAAAGUUGGUCAGUCUAAGCAAAUCUGAAAGACAACCACUUGUUGAUAGAUUAUUCAAAAUGGUCGAAGGUAAAAUGACCCAAAUUGUAAAGAAACAUGAUGCAUCACGUAUUAUUCAAACAUUAUUAAAAUAUGGAAACGAAAAACAAAGAGAUACAAUUUACAAUGAAUUAAAGAGCGACGUUGUUGCCAUGGCUCCACAUGUCUAUGGUAGAUUUUUGGUUGUUAAAUUGUUAAAGUAUUGUAGCAAGGAACAAAGAAACGAAAUUCUCAAAGCAUUCUAUGGCAGCAUUGUAAAGUUGACCCGUAAUCGUGAAGCUGGUCACGUCAUUGAAUACAUGUAUGCAGAGAUUGCCAAUGCCGUCCAACGUGGCGCCAUUCUCGAGGAAUUCUAUUCCGAGGAAUACCGUCUCUUCAAGAGCGACAAGGCCCGUACCCUCAACGACAUUAUUACCGCCAGUCCACACAAAAAGGAGGCUAUCAUCACCGAACUCGGCAAGAAGCUCACCAAGGCCCUCAGCAACAAGGGAGAGUUAUUGGUCACCUACACCUUUAUCCAAAAACUCGUCAUCCAAUACUUUGAACACGCCACCCCAGAGAACUGUUCCGAUAUGGCCGAGACAUUGAGUGAGAUCACCCUCCCAAUGGUCCACACCAAGGACGGUGCCGUCAUCACCUACUACACCAUCUCGUACGGCAGUGCCAAGACGAGAAAGAGUAUUAUCAAGGGCAUGAAGGACUACUUUUGCAAGGUUGCCCUCGAACAACACGGACAUUUGGCUCUUCUCAGAUUGUUGGAUGUUACCGAUGAUACCAUGUUGCUCAACAAAUCGGUCCUUGCCGAAUUGAUCACUCAACUCCCAGACCUCGCCGUCUCUCAGUAUGGUCAUCUCUGGAUUCUCCAUCUUUUAGUUCCAUACAGUUCUCAAGUCUUUUCUGAACAUACCAUCAAUAGACUUAAACCAGUUAUUAAAUCUACUCAAGAUAUUGAACAUAAAGUUUCUAAAAAGGAUCAUGAUACAAGAAGAAAGGAAUUGAUGGAAUUUAUGGCACCAAAAUUAAUUGAUUUAUGUUCAAAUCAUUUGCAACAACUUUGUUGCUCACCAUUUGGUGUUAAAGUGUUAACCUACACCUUGAAGGAAUGUCAAGGAAACAAAAUUAUUUUAAUGAAUAGAUUGAUCGACCUUUUGACCACCUCUAUCGAUGAAGAGGAAAGUAUAGUUGGAGGUAACAAUACUUCAAACAUUCAAUUAUUAUUAAAAAAUGAUUAUAUUAAAACUACUGAUUUACCAAAAUCAAUGUUUGAAAAAUUAAAGGAUCGUUUGGUAGAUUUAAGUUUACAAGAUGAAAAUAUGGCAUUCAUUGUCAGAGAUUUGAUUAAAUACGCAUUGAGCGAGAAUGCUUUACAAAAGGAAGCCAUUAAAAUUAUUGACAAGAACCAAAAGAAAUUAAAUCAAGGAAAUGUUGGUUGUAAAUCGAUGGUCAAAGUUUUAUUAAAUCAAAAUACUACCAAGGAUACCAAAAAGAAAUAA